AUGGAUAGAAAAAUGUACGAGUUUCAAGAAAUUCCUGUUGCUAUUAUAUGGAAUUGGGCAUCUGUUCAAAUACCUCUCAUUAAGAUCAAUUCAUUCAUCAGUAAAGUUAGCAUUAUUAAGAUUCGAUCCACAGUAAUGGAAAAUUUAGAUAAUCAUCCACGAGAAUGUGCAUUUGUUGUAUAUUGCGAUGCCCGCUUUACAUCACUUUCUGUUACACGAGAAUUAGAAAAAAUAACGGUCAAUAUAAAAUAUAAAUGUAUUAAAUAAAU